AUGAUUACAGCCGUAGCGCUAUAUCAAUGCAGAUUAUGUUUAAAUAAAACUCCACAUAGAGUUAACAUAUUUGGUGGAGAUUUUCCCUGGAUGUUAGACUUAUUAGCAUCCAUAAGGGUACAUGAAGAGGAUGGUUUACCAAAAUAUAGUUGUACAAAAUGCGCAAAAGAAGUUCAGAUGGCUUUGAUGGUUAAGAAACGUAUUAUAAAAGCACAUCAAUUUCUAUUAGAAGCUCUAAAAAAGAAUAGGGAUGUAUUUCAAAGAACAGUGAUACCUCCUAUUGUUAAUAAAGUCGAAUAUUUGGUACCAAACAAGACAAAAACCACUAAACAAAAGGAAAUUUCCAAAGAAUCUAAACCGAUAAUAAAACAAAAUCAAACCCAAUCAGAGUCCAAGUUAGUUCAGAGCUCAAAUGAAGCAACAGCUAAUGAAGAUGCAAAUAAAGAAAGUGUAAAACAUGAUAUAAGUACUGGAGUAACAGAAAAAACAAAUGCCAAACAAAAGACAAAAACUGCUAGACAAAAGGCAGUUUCUAAAAAGUCCAAUAGACCAAUAUCAAAACAAAAUAAGCGAUCAUUAGAUCAAGAUCUUGAUAAUACUGACUUUACUUGUGAAACAUGUAAUUUAACCUUUCCAGAUAAACGUACGUUCACUAAGCACCACAAAAAACACGAAAAACGCCAAUGUCAUAUUUGCCAGCGAGUCCUUAGAUCAGACAACAUGAGGAAACACAUCAGGAUGCAUGAAUCAGGUCCAUCAAGUUGUUCUAUUUGUGGAGCCACGUUCAAAAAUUUUAGCGGUGUAAGAACUCACAUCUUUCGUUACCACGAACAAACUGCUCAACAGUACAUUUGUGAAGAAUGUGGUAAAGGCUUUCGAAUAAAAUAUAAGUUUUUGUUGCAUAAGAAAUCGGCACAUUUGGGUCUAAGAAACUUUAAAUGUACUAAAUGUGGAAAAGCUUUCUUUACCAACUGGCAUUUAAUCGCACAUGUCCGAAUGACUCACGAAAAACUGAGAAAUCAUGUUUGUGAAUAUUGUGGUACUGGCUUUUCAUCUAGAUAUGCUUUAAAAACUCAUGAAAGGCAACAUACUAAUGAGAAACCUUUCGUCUGUCAAAUUUGUUCAGAAGGUUUCAGACAACGAGUUUCAUUAAAAUCUCAUUUGAAAUCGAAACAUGGGACAGAGGAAGCCAAGGAAUACUUUUGUAAAAUUUGCGAGAAAGGUUUUGCUACAAAUUACGCUUUGAAUAUACAUGAAAGGUUACACAAAACUAAAAAGUGUGAAAUUUGUUCGGAAAAUUUUUCUGUAGGUGAAUUUCUGACAAACCAUCUUAGAGAAGUUCAUCACGUAGAAGUAGAAAUGAAAGAAGAAAAGCUGGAACAAGCCUACAGAAUAUGCCUCAGAAAUGACAUCAAGAUAGUGCUAGGUGACAUGAAUGCUAGAAUAGGUCGAGAGCGAGUUUUUAUGCCAACUAUAGGAAGGCAUAGCCUACACAACAUCAGUAGCGAUAAUGGAUUACGACUGAUAAACUUAGCAGCAGCACUGAACAUGACCGUCGCUAGCACUUAUUUUGAACACAAGAAUAUACACAAGGUAACAUGGACCUCCCCUGAUGGAAGAACAACUAGUCAUAUUGAUCACAUCUUAAUAGAUUCAAGACACGGAACGGACAUAAAGAACUGCAGAAGUUAUAGAGGCGCAAACAUAGACUCAGACCAUUAUUUAAAUGUACAGAAACUGGGAGAUGCAACUGUUGCAAAACAGUACUGGGAAAAUAUUACCAAUAGGUUAAGGAAUCAAAGUCUAAGCGAAGAAGACCAGAGAGAUAUAGCCUCCUACUGGAACAGGAUAAAGGAAGAUAUUGAGUCAGCAGCACAAGAUGAAAUAGGAACAGAAACUUGUACCCGAAAAAAUCACUGGUUUGACUAUGAAGGCAAAGACGCAACGCAGAAAAAAAAUGAAGCCUAUGCAAAAAUGCUUACCCGCCGAACUAAAACAAAGGAAGAAGACGAAAGCUGUGAGGUAAACGGAGCAGACGAGAGGGAGGAGGAUCCACAAACGAUCCUGGAAGUUAAAGACGCUGUAAACAAACUAGCCAGAAACAAAUCACCCGGAAUAGAUAAUCUCCCACCGGAAAUAUAUAAAGAAGUCCCUUCCUAG